UCACGGAGCAGGUUAUUUGUUCAUUUACCCAGGUCGCUAUCCGCCGAUAAAUUUCUUGACAGAACGGACCAUCUCUGAUUCGGACCCCGAAGGUAACACAACCCGUAACUUCCCGGUCCGCCCGCGUCUCGUCUCGGCUCACUCCAUCAAAGACGUGCGUCUAUCCUCGACAUCUCGUACUAUACCAUAACGUAGCCAAGAAGACAUUUAUUGCCCGCCAUGUUGCAGUUCGUCAGCGACUCGCACGACAACCAGCACGCGCGCGAACAGUCGAGCUCGCUGGCCAGCUUGACCGCCGCCCGCGCGGACACCCAACGCAAGCACCUGCUCCUCGCGGCUUCUGGCUCAGUGGCCACCAUUAAGAUCCCCGAGAUCGUCAAGGCCCUGGCCAAGCAUGCCGACCAGCUGGCCAUCCGCAUUGUCCUGACCGACUCGGCCCGCAACUUCCUCAAUGGCCAAAGCAGCGAGCAGCCCACCGUGUCGUCGCUGCUGCACCUGCCCAACGUCGAGGCCGUCUACAGCGACGCCGACGAAUGGGGCCCCCAGCCCUGGCGCCGCGGCGCUUCCAUCCUGCACAUUGAGUGCCAUCCCCUACCCCUAUUCCCGCACACUUCUGUCCCUGCUAUACUGAAGAAACGAAACAACGUCCAGAUCGUCAACGGCAUCAGCGAUAACCUGCUCACCUCGGUCAUACGCGCCUGGGACACAGACACCACCAUCGACAACAAGAAGAAGGUCAUUGUUGUUGCCCCGGCCAUGAACUCAGCCAUGUGGCGACAUCCCAUUACCGCCAAGCAGGUCCGCGUCCUGGCUGAGGACUGGGGCGUCCAGGGGUAUGGGGAGCCCGCUACCAUCGAGGCCGGGUCCGCCACCGAGGCUACGGCGCCGGGCCAGGCCACCGGCGGUGGCUGGUUCCAGGUUAUCAAGGCAAUUUCCAUCAGAACACUUGCAUGCGGCGACACUGGAGGAGCAAUGGCCUCGGUCGACUCGAUCCGCGCCACCAUCGAAGCCCGGCUUAGUCUUCCAGUAAGGGGUCUCGACUAA